AAUCGGCUAAGAUACAUCGGGGAAAAAAAACACGAUGGCGGAUCUGAGAGACGAACAGGGGAAUCCGAUACGGCUGACGGACGAACACGGGAACCCGGUUCAACUGUCGGACGAGUUCGGUAACCCCAUGCACCUCACCGGCGUCGCCACCUCCACCGUCCCGCCUCCUUCCGUCACUGAGCCGCCACCAUGUGUCCAUGAGCCCGCCGGAGAACAGCUUCCCCAAUCUCGCAGUUCAUCCACCUCUAGCUCUUCGUCAUCGGAGGAUGAUGGACAAGGAGGGAGGAGAAAGAAAAAGGGUCUGAAGGAGAAAAUCAAAGAGAAACUUGGCGGUGGCAAGCACAAGGAAGAACAUGCCGAGGUGUCGGCCGCGACCACAACGACCACGACCACGACGACGUCUACAGUGUCGGCCCACGAGAAGAAGGGACUCUUGGAGAAGAUAAAGGAAAAACUCCCUGGCCACCAUAGCAACCCUUAAUCAGAUCACAUGUAGAAAUCAAGAUUUUCGUUUUACAUAGCAUUACCUACUCUCACUAGUUGUUUUCCGGUGGUGAAUAAAAUCGUGUUUACAUGUAAAGGGUCGAGGUUGUAUGUUAGUGAAGUUUGGGGUUGUUUUGUUAAUUUCCUACGAACCUUUGGUCCAAUUUGUAAAUUUGGAAUUCUGGGUUUAAUCCGUCCGUACGGUCUAUGGAUGUGUUGGAAAUUUGUUAUACUGUUUAUUUAAUUGUACUCUGGAUAUUCGUUUC